GUAUCUACACCACCUUCGCAUUGCUAGACAAUACAGCCCCACGUAGACGCAGCAGCAUCUCCGGUGAAGCAAGCAAGCAGAGAGAUGGCGUCCCCUCGUCGCAUGGCCGCCGCGCCCGCCGUCCUCCUCCUGCUGCUCCUCCUCGUCGCCACGGUGGUUGCAUUGCAUGCAGAGAUGGGGACGAUGAAGACGGCGGAGGCCCGGACGUGCCUGUCCCAGAGCCACAAGUUCAAGGGCACCUGCCUCAGCAACAGCAACUGCGCCGGCGUGUGCCGCACCGAGAACUUCCCCGACGGCGAGUGCAACUCCCACCGCCUCGAGCGCAAGUGCUACUGCAAGCGGACCUGCUAAGCAAGACCAGUCCGCGCGACGUCCUCCGAUGGAUGAUUGCUACUCGCUCUGGCUAGCUUGACUGCUAGAUCAGCAUCCAUGCCGUCAGUUACAUCUGUUCGUCCCUACGUCCGUUUCCGUUUCUUCUACAUCCUCCGAUGGAUGCCGUCAGUUAGAUCCGUGCUGUCAAUGUAUCCGGCAUGCUGUUUAAGUGUUCGUGGCCUUAGUUUGUGCUGUUGAUGUAAUACCGUUGCCACUGACAAUUUGUCGUCUAUGUGUUCUGUUGGAACUUGGAAUCAGUCGGUUCGUUGGCUUGUCUGUUAAA